UGGCUUUAAUGCCAGGGAGAUGUUUAAAUAUAAAACUAUUGGGGAGAAAGACGAAAACACUACAGAACUGAGAGGAUCUGCGGGCGCCCUGAAUAUGCGACAGUUUUAUUUAAGAGCCUAUCAUUUAAUAGUUUUAUGGACAUUCACAGUAUCCCUUUUAUUAGACAUUUUAUCAAAACGUUACAUGUAUGUUUUUUUAGGACGAACGUAGCCAAUUUUCACACUCCUAAAUCCGAUGAGUGAGUUAUGACAAUUGGGAGCAAGAUUAAACCGAACACUGCUACCCAUGCAGCAGACCAGACUGCUCUCCGUUGGAAUAAAACUGCCAUGUUUUUUGGUCAAAUCAAAUUUACGUGUGAAAUAAGAAACAGUGGAUCUCAUUUUCACCUUGAACUGAGAUGUGGCGAGAUAGAAAGGGCUGCUCUAUUAUAACGUAACCCUUGCCCUGCAGGCGUUUGAAUAGCCCAGAGCAAGAAUUCUUCUAGCCCGCUUCUUAUUUAGGGACAGACUGGCUUUCUUCUCAUAAAACUCGACGGUUUCAUCAUAUCAGAAAAGGAAAGACCCGGACAAAGACAGAUAUACAGCAAACGACGACCAAACUGGCAUAAAACAUUGAUACAAUUGGAAGGGAGAAGAGAUUACUAUGUCUUCUCUAUCCGUGUCCUCCCAGGAGGGAAGAAGCAUGUCCAGGAUGUCUAUGAGUCGUUCUCCAGUUUCUCCAAUGAAUGCCCAGGGCAUCCCAUCACCGGCCCAGCUGACUAAAGCCAAUGCCCCGGUCCACAUCGACGUGGGAGGACACAUGUACACCAGCAGCCUGGGUACUCUCACCAAAUACCCAGAGUCUAGAAUCAGUCGUCUGUUUAAUGGAACAGAGCCCAUUGUACUGGACAGCUUGAAGCAGCACUACUUCAUUGACAGGGAUGGAGAUAUAUUCAGAUACAUCCUCAGCUUCCUCAGGACCUGCAAACUACUGCUCCCAGAGGACUUCAAGGACUUCCCCCAGCUAUACGAGGAGGCUCGCUACUACCAACUGACACCCAUGGUCCGCGAGCUGGAGCGCUGGCAGACGGAGCAGGAGGGCCAGAAGAGACCGCCCUGCGAGUGCCUGGUGGUCCGAGUGACCCCUGACCUGGGGGAGAGGAUUGCCCUCAGCGGAGGGAAGGUGCUCAUCGAAGAGAUCUUCCCCGAGACUGGAGACGUCAUGUGUAACUCUGUGAAUGCCGGCUGGAACCACGACCCCACGCAUGUCAUCCGAUUCCCUCUCAACGGCUACUGCAGGCUCAACUCAGUUCAGGUUCUGGAGAGGUUGUUCGAGAAGGGCUUCAGCGUGACGGCGUCAUGUGGCGGCGGAGUUGACUCCUCCCAGUUCAGCGAGUACGUCCUGUGUCGCGAGCUCCGCAGGGGUCAGCCCACCGACACCACCAUCCACAUCAAACAAGAGCCUCUGGACUAGGUUGGGAGGAACAGAGGCACCCGUGAGAGAUCAACAUGUCCGGUGCUGAUUUUCGAGUCCUAUUUACACAACUUUAACAGUGGAAAAACACACAAGGACUCUUCAUGCUUGGGAAUAUCAUUUGCCAGUGGCAAUGUAGACUGGACUAGCAAGAUGUGAGAGGGUUGUGAUUCUAUGGAGACUCAAAGACACUAAAGGGAUCCUCUGAGGUGAGCUCAUUAGCUCUGUUUGUAUGGAACUCUUACUGCUGCCAUUUCCAACAGAGAUACAGUAUCUAUCAGGAUCCAAGUGAAACGGUCCGUGACUUCUGGGCUGUUGACAACUAGGAGGAAAUAGCUCUAGUAAUAUGGUGCUCAAUUCCAGCUUAGGUUUAACUGGGGACUCCUGUUCAAGCCUCAGGAUGGGUCUACUGGUAUGACCGAUGACCUCCGCUUGAGAGCCAUUAUGGCUGCGUUUACACAGGCAGCCCAAUUCUGAUCUUUUGUCCAAUGAUUGGUAAACUGUAUAAAUGCAACCAAAAAUGGCCAUGCCCUACCGCAGGAAGAACAGAACAUGUCUGUGUUUGCCUCAUUUCUUGACGACUUCCUACCCAAGAUCUGACUAACGUGUAGGUAUUUGUUCAAUUAAAUGUCAAAUGGACAAUAUGGGGUUUCCAAUUUGUAUAUAUAUACAGUACCAGUCAAAAGUUUGGACACCUACUCAUUCAAGGGUUUUCCUUUUUUGUAUUUUUCUUUUUUUUACAUUGUAGAAUAAGUGUGAAGACAUCAACAUUCUGAAAUAACAAGUAUGGAAUCAUGUGGUAACCAAAAAAAAAAGUGUUAAAUCAAAAUAUUUUAUUUGAGAUUCUUCAAAGAAGCCAGCCUUUGCCUUGAUGACAGCUUUGCACUCUGCAUUCUCCCAACCAGCUUCAUGAGGUAGUCGGGGGGGGUAUACAGAUAAAGGCCCAAGUCCAUAUUAUGGCAAGAACAGCUCAAAUAAGCAAAGAGAAACUACAAUCCUUCAUUAGAAACACACGCAGUGGACAUUAGACUGGUAGAAAUCUGUAUUUUGGUCAGAUGGGUGCAAAUGUGAGAUUUUUGGUUCCAACCGUAGGUGAACGGAUUAUCUCUGCAUGUGUAGUUCCCAAGUGAAGCAUUGAGGUGGUGGUGCAGGGGUGCUUUGCUACUGACACGGUCUGUGAUUUAUUUAUAAUUCAAGGCACUCUUAACCAGCAUGGUUACCACAGCAUUCUGCAGCUAUAUGCCCUCCCAUCUGGUUUGCACUUAGUCCCACUGUCAUUUGUUUUUCAACAGGACAAUGACCCAACACACCUUCAGGCUGUGUAAGGGCUAUUUGACCAAGGAGAGUGAUGGAGUGCUGCAUCAGAUGACCUGGCCUCCAAUCACCCGACCUCAACCCAAUUGCUUGGGAUGAUUUAGAGCGCAGAGUUAAGGAAAAGCAGCCAACAAGUGGUCAGCAUAUGUGGGAACUCCUUGAAGCUGGUUGAGAGAAUGCCAAGAGUGUGCAAAACUGUCAAAGGGUGACUACUUUUGAAGAAUCUCAAAUAUUUGUGUAACACUUUUUUGGUUACUACAUGAUUGUUUUGAUGUCUUCACUAUUCUACAAUGUAGAAAAGUCCAAAUAAAAACCUUUUGAAUGAGUAGGUGUCAACUUUUGACUGGUACUAAUGUAAAACUUUCCUGACAAAUGUUCAUGAUGUGAAAACUGGGGUUUUGUAUGUGGUGCACAUUUCACAGAUUUAACUGCAAUUUCAGUUAAUAUUUAAGGUAUGUUUGCUUAGUCAUUUUUGUUUGUGCAGCUGUAUUGAUAACUGUUUUUGGCAGUUUUUGUUUUACUAAUCUCUCAGACAGCCAAGUAGCUGGGAGAUUUUGGUUCUGGGUUGCAGAGAUUUAUAAGACUCCAUUAAGCCAAACUCAACCUGGCACAAAGUGCCUUCAGAAAGUAUUCAGACCCCUGGACCUUUCCCAAAUUUUGUUACAUUACAGCCUUAUUCUAAUAUGGAUAAAAUCGUCCACCCCCCCUUCAAUCAACACACAAUACCCCACAAUGAAAUAACAAAAACAGGUUCUCUCAUAGCAAAGGGGCUGAAUACUAAUGUAAAUAAGGUAUGUUUUUAUUUAAUACAUUUGCAGUAAAAAAAAAAUACCAGUUUUCGCUUUGUCAUUAUGGGGUAUUUUGUUAAGGUUGAGGGGGGAAAAAAAAAUAUUUUUAGAAUAAGACUAACGUAACAAUGUGGAAAAAGUCAUGGGGUCUGAAUACUUUCCGAAUGUACUGUACCAUCAAAGAAAUCCGGCUAUGUGUACUUUGUCACUUUCUUUAUUAAUUUUUUUUGCAAAGGUACAAACAAUAGUAAAAUUGCAUCGCCUGAAAUGCGUCAGGUUUGAAUACACAGAUAGUAGGAAAUAUAAAUAGUCACAAAAAUGUGUCCUUCAACAGAUGGUACUGUAGCUAGGUGCUAAGACCCAGACUCUUAACACCACAGCUGUAUCUCAUUGAUCAAUUAGAACUAUGCACUAUAUAAACAAAUGCCUGUUACAGUAAAAAAAUACAUUUAAAGCAUUAAAAACCUUCAGUCAUUCCAAAGUCAAACUGGGGGAAAAAAGCACUUUCGUCCCCCAAAAAAUGAGUAGUUGUAUACAAUUAGCAUUAGAAAAAUACUUGCUCGAUCGCUACGACAGAUCAUUUUGAUGUUGAUCCGCAUUAACAUAGCAAAGCACACUAUAGAUCUUGUUUGCGCGGUGCUGCAAGAGACUGACUUUCCA